CAUUUUACUGUCAGUUUAUGUCGAUUUGUUUUCCCUGAGUACGUACGUAUGGAAAUGGAUUUAAUGUGUCUAAACAAUUAAUAAAAACACAAAAAUGGGGAACGCUGACACAAAAUUGAACUUUCGGAAAGCUGUUGUCCAGCUGACAUCGAAAACCCAGCCUAUCGAUGCAUCGGAUGACAGUUUCUGGGACCAGUUCUGGUCGGAGAGCGUGACGAACGUGCAGGAUGUGUUCGCGCUGGUGCCGGGGGCGGAGAUACGUGCGCUGCGCGAGGAGUCCCCCAAUAAUCUGGCAACGCUCGUAUACAAGGCUGUCGAGAAGCUUGUCAAGACCGUCGACAGCAGCUGCCGCACACAAAGGGAACAACAGAUCGCCUUAAACUGUGCACGUCUGCUUACGCGGGUGCUCCCGUAUAUGCUUGAGGAGCCGGAAUGGCAGAGCUUCUUCUGGUCCUCACUGCCGGCUGCGGAGAACGAGUCUGUGCCGCUGGCGCAGUCCCUCAUCAAUGCUGUUUGUGACCUGCUGUUUUGCCCGGACUUCACUGUGGCGAGCACACGCCGCUCCGGACCGGAGCGCGCCGAAGAGCUCUCUUCCCUGGACAGCUGCGAGUACAUCUGGGCGGGCGGCGUCGGCUUCGCGCGCGCGCCGCCGCGCUGCGCCGCGCACGAGGCGGCGCGCGCCGAGCUGCUCCGCCUGCUGCUGACGGCCUUCAGCGAGACCGUGUACAAGCCGCCGCACCAGACACACCAUAAUAAGUGGAUCGCGUACCUGACGAGUCCAGACAACCGCCACGCUCUGCCACUGUUCACGUCUCUAUUGAACACAGUAUGCUCCUAUGAUCCAGUCGGGCUGGGGCUGCCCUACAACCAUCUGCUCUUCAGUGACACACUCGAGCCUCUCGUAGAGGUGGCUUUGCAAAUUUUAAUCGUUACGCUGGAUCAUGACACAAGCAACGCCAUGAAUGAAGACUCCGAUGAGGCUCUUCCAGACAACCUAUUUAUCAACUACCUCUCCCGCAUCCACCGCGACGAGGACUUCGCCUUUGUGCUGCGCGGAGUCACCAGAUUACUGAACAACCCGUUGGCUCAAACAUACCUGCCUAAUUCAGCCAAGCGGGUGGCCUUACAUCAGGAGUUGCUCGUUCUGUUCUGGAAGAUGUGCGAUUAUAAUAAGAAAUUCAUGUACUACGUUUUGAAGAGCAGCGACGUAUUAGAGGUGCUGGUGCCUAUUCUGUACCAUCUCAAUGACUCGCGCGCUGACCAGUCCCGCGUCGGCCUCAUGCACAUCGGCGUGUUCAUCCUCCUGCUCCUCUCCGGCGAGCGCAACUUCGGCGUGCGGCUCAACAAGCCCUACACCGCCACCGUGCCCAUGGACGUGCCUGUCUUCACGGGCUCCCAUGCUGAUCUACUAGUUUUGGUGUUUCACAAGAUAAUUACAACGGGGCACCAGCGUCUGCAGCCGCUGUUUGACUGUCUACUUACUAUACUGGUCAAUGUAUCUCCGUACCUGAAAACGCUCUCGAUGGUGUCGUCCAGCAAACUCCUGCACCUGUUAGAAGCCUUCAGCACGCCCUGGUUCCUGUUCUCGGCGCCGCAGCAUCACCACCUGGUGUUCUUCUUGCUGGAGAUGUUCAACAAUAUCAUCCAGUACCAGUUUGACGGCAACUCGAACCUGGUGUACACCAUAAUCCGCAAGCGAGCGGUGUUCCACGCGCUCGCCAACCUGCCGCACGAGCACACCGCCAUCGCGCGCUCCCUGCAGGCCACGCGGGACAAGCUGCCCAGUCGUGACGCGACGUUGCCGGACAGUACCGAGUCAGUAGCGGAGCUCGCCAUGGAGGGCUCGCGGCCCGCGCAGCCCGCCGAGCCGGGCACGCUCAACGCGACGUUGCCGGACACGCCCGCAAUCGCAGCAAUGACAGAGCGCGAGUCAGCGCACCCUAGCGCCCAACAGCUGGAAAACACGCAGUCCCUGUUGGAGAGUCGCAGUGGCGGAGACGGAGAAGACUGUGAGCCGGACGCCAUCACCGACGGAGAAGAAACACAGCGGCCGAGGACGCAUAGGGACAGCAUAAAGUCCACGGCCAGCAUUCGCAGCCCAACCACCGAGGGAUGGCGAGCCAGCGCCGAGUGGGUCGCUAGUUGGCGAGGCAAGCUCCCUCUGCAGACCAUCAUGAGGCUGCUGCAGGUCCUCGUGCCACAGGUGGAGAAGAUCUGCAUUGACAAGGGCCUGACGGACGAGUCGGAGAUCCUGCGCUUCCUGCAGCACGGCACGCUGGUGGGGCUGCUGCCCGUGCCGCACCCCAUCCUCAUCCGCAAGUACCAGGCCAACGCCGGCACCGCCGCCUGGUUCCGCACCUACAUGUGGGGCGUCAUAUACAUACGGAACGUGGACCCACCGAUAUGGUACGACACGGACGUGAAGCUGUUCGAGAUACAACGAGUUUGAGCGACAUGAAGCAGCUGAAUUAUUGUGUAUGCAAAUGCGAGCCAGUCAGUCGACGUAGAUAGUUCGCUCGCGUUAAGAAUGCAGUAAAAUCGUCAUUGUGACACUGGACCUUUAUUUUUUAUUUUAUUUUUAUUCAUAAGGUCUGCCAACAGCGGUUACAAUGAUACAUUGUUAGGUAGAGGUACAUUCGGUAGGUAUUAAGCUUAUUGCAAAGCUUUAUAGGCAAACACCUCUUGUGUAAACUUACACACAAGGACCGGAAAACCCCUCUUACGCUUAACCCUAUCAAUUCGGUAACCUUAUCAUUCGGUAACCGUAUCAUACUGUUACCUGGUUGUACUGGUAAGUUUAUUGGAAGGUUAACCUUAACCUUUAACUGAGUUAAUCUCAAUACCCGGGUUUUUGUUGAGGGUUUUUAUUCAGUUAUCUAACCUUUAUUAUUGGUUGCUUAUGGUUUUGCUAUAUUUAAAGUAGCUUUCUAUACAGGUGUAUUGCUGAUGCAUUAACUCAAAAUUUGCAAUAUUAUUGCCAUUCGACUGAUACAAUUUUAGAUUCUAAUUUUAAACCGCCUUAAAAAAAGGAUGUUCUCAGUUUGACCCGUAAGUUUGUAUGUAUGUUUGUUCGUGAUUAUCUUGCGUUUUGGGUUGCGGUAGGUGAGUGCGAGUGGGGGUGGGAAUGGGAGUGGGACAAUUCCAAUGAGUGGGAGUAAGUUACACAACUUACUUUCCGUUCGGCUCAGCAUUGCUACAAGCAAUUAUUAGGGUUGGCACAACUUGACGUUAAUUUGCGUCAUAACCACCGAUAAGGUAACGUGUGUCGUUUGGUCUUAUAUAGUCUGUUAAGCAACUUUGUCAGUAAAAAAAGGCGCAUCAUUCAAAUUUCAUAUGGGAUCGCGCCUUCAUUUUUUCUACUGACGGAAAUGGCUUGACAGACUAUAUUAUAUUGUCUGUGGCGUUGCUUGACGUUCGCAGCGCGCAAACUUGACAACCCUAAAUAGCCGAAAGAGAUAGUGCCAUACAUUAGAAAUUGAACAACAUGAUUCGUCCCUGAAUCGAUGUCACACUUCGGUUUUGUAGGAAGUGUUAUUUCUGUACGAUAGUAUUAUUUAUUCUGUGGCCACACCCGUCACCAAUCAAAUUGUUCCUAAUUAGAAAGUCCAAUUGUCAGUGACCAGUUAAAGGCAUAAUUUCUUUAGGAACGAUUUGAUUGGUUACGGGCUAGACCGGCGGACAAUGAUGAUUUUACUGCAUUUUAACGCGAACGCACUAUAAUUUAUCCAAUUAUAUAAACUGUACUACAGGAAUUUUAAUUGCUUUUUGCUACAGUCCUUUUGACAUGUCUGUCUAUGGUAGUCUUUUUAAAUGGUAAUGUUGAAUAAUCUAUAAGCGAGUUUAACUAGCAAGAACUUGCAUGCAAUUUUCAUUACAUUGCGGUAUGUGAUCUAACUUUUGAAUGCAGUUUACCUUAGUAGUCGGCAAUGUAACGUAAAUUGCAUGCAAGUUCUUGCUAGUCUACGGCUUGAUUUAGCCACAUGUGCAAUUAUUAAAACAUAAUGUUAUAUCACAUGUGCAAGUUCCAAAAAAUUGCAAAUGUUCUCGAGAAUUUCAAAAUGAAGGAAACUUCCAUUUGGGAAAUGAUCAAAUUUGAUCCCAUAUAAACAAAGGGUCCAAAAAUUUGACGGGUGGAAAUUUCGCAUUUUUGGAAACCACUGACAACCGUCUUUUGGACAAUUACCAUGCACCAACUAGCGCUAAAUUGCGUUUUCGUCCUUUCAUGUUUUUUUUUCUUUGAAUAUUGGUAUUCGAACUUCGUUAGUCGUUACUGGGUGCUUAGUUAAGAUGCCAAUCGUUGGUCAUCUCUAUCUAUAUUAGUGCGACACGCGACACGAAGCGUAACGUUCGCUACGGAGUGUAAACGAUUGGCAUCUUGGCUAGGCACCCUGAUCUGUCAAUGGGAAAUAGACUAGCGCCCUAGAGUCAGACCAAGCUAAGUUGGCAGCUAUUUUGAUAGCCCAGCCUGUGCAAGUGUUAACGCUUAAGUAAACCUCAUAAUUUCAUAUCUAUGUUUGACGUUUAGAAUAAUACUUGCACUGUCUGAGCUAUCAAAAUCGCUCCAACUUAUUUUGGUUUGACUCUACCGCCAUCUGCGAUGAGCUUUUCGUUUUAAAUAUCAAUCUCGUCUAUCAUCAAGUUACUUUGUCAUUAUACUCGACUGACUGACUACACCAAAGAAAAAAAUACAAAAAAAGAAUCUUAAUUUAAUGUUCAAUUUGUGGUUACUCAUUUUAUAUCUUUGAAGUGUAAUUUCUUCCUUUCAUCGGCGCAUUAGAGGUUAAAAAAUACCUAUAACGAGGGCGGAAAUUCCACUGAAUCCAAUUUAAUCCGCAGCUAAGUUUCAAAACGAUGCGAGCGAUGUUAUAGAUUAAAAAGUUUCCGACCGAAACCGGUUUUUUUGCUGAAAUCGAAGGUUCGGUUUUACUCUAGUGUUUCGUUUCGGCCAAAAGUGCCAAAACUGAGCUUUCGACCGAAACAUGGUUUUUAUGCCGAAAUCGAAACUUCGGUCGGACUCUGUAUCUUUAGGUAUUUGAAUAAAAAUAAACAAACAAUUUAUAAAUUAUCGAGUAGUUAUAAUCUUUAUUGGUUAUCCAACCCAAUACAAAACCGUCUGGAUCUGUUACUGAACCUGACUUUAACCUACAUUACUUGAUCAUGUAAUGUUUUCAUCUACCCUCAUCUGGCUUAAGGCCCUAUUUGAGGGUAGAUUUGAUUUACUUUUAUUCAAAUACUUAGGUAUUUAGAGAUACAAAGUAUAAGAUUAAGACGCUCCUACGAAGAAUGUCACCGGUAUAGUAUUUGCCAUAGUGCGUCGUAUGAACAGGACAGCUUUUGUAACGUGUACUGUACGGUUAAGCGGACGACCCGACGAUAGCAAGUAUAGUGAGACUAAUUAUAGUGACACAUUGUUCAAGAGGUCAAUGAACAUGAUGCCAUCAAUUUUCGGUGAAAUGGGGGUCAAUUGGGCCGCGUCGGAGCGCAUUUUCAAUGUACCUAGACAUUAUGUAUGGCAGACGCGAUGGAGUCCGUCCGGAGCCGUCCGCGAGGAGCCAACCGGCUUGAAAAAUUCGAAAUGCGCUCCGAAGCGGCCCGACUCCGCCCGUUCGGCGGGAAUCGCACAUCAUUUCGUUUGAUCCUUAUUGAACGCGACACCCUAUACACGGGGCCCAUUCCUCGAACGGUAUUCGACUAAUAUUAUUAGUCCACAGACUGUCAAAUCGUAUGGGUUUCCAUGACAACACACUAAUAAUAUUAGAUUAAUAUGGAACGGUAUUAGUCUAAUAUUAUUAGUCUACGAACUAUCAAGUCGUAUGGGCGCACUAAUAAUAUUAGACUAAUACCAUCCGAGAAAUGGGCCCCAGGACCUCUUGCAGCAAUGUGUGUAAGCAAGUGUGUAUUAUUUAAUAUUUCUAGUACUUCUGGGUACUGCCUGGCACUUGACCAUUUCGUUUAUCUGAAUUUCGAACCCUUCAAGAAUCCCCAUUGCCCAUAAACGAGGCUUAACUUACAUUUUUUAUUUUAUUUAGAUAAUUAUGCGUUAUUUAUUUUACGUGACAGCUUACUCAACUCAACUUCCCGAUAUCGAUUCCAAAAUCAGUCACGAUGUCGGGCCUGAUAACCGUUUUCCAUUUCACAGAAUAUCAGCACACCGUUAACAAUACAAUUUGAAAUGUAAAAAAAUGGUUGAUAUACAAAAAUAUCAAUCAUUAACAAUUUUUGGCAAUUAGAGACCAAGUAUUUUUAACAUGUCAAAUAUUGUAAAAGAUGUGCUGAUAUUUGGUGAAACGGAAAAAAUACUCUUGCUCAGGCCGCACGUCGGCCCGAUAUCGGGCCAUAGCGAGUGUGGAUGUAAUUGGCUCUUUACCCGUUAUAUAAUAACUAAUCCAAAUAAUUUUAAUUAUGUAAAUAAUUUAGUUAACACACACUAUUAUUAAAUGAUCUUAUAAUUUCAACACUUUGCAUUUCGACUUAGUCAGAUUUUUCUUAUGAUUUCUGUGAUUUAUUUUAGAUGGCUGACUAUUUAUUAUUUCCUUAGCACGUAUCUACACCUAGUCACUCGUGGUGUUUAUUUCUGAAUGUAACUGUAUUAUGAUUAUAAUUAAUAGACACAAAAUAUAUACUACUUAUAGUUUAGUUCAAUUCUUCCGACUCAUCUUUGCCCAUCAUAUGGUGUGUCUGUGUAGGUAGUAUCAUUCAUGUAUGUAAAGAAAUAUAAAAGAGAUUAUUAAUCUUAUUUGGCUGCAUAAAGUGGUCAACAGCCCUUAAUUUUCAUAUAACAUUUAAUUAACAAGUUUUUGGCAAAAAUUUAUUUUUUGGUACAAUCUUUUAUCGCUGACUGUACUUUUCUGUCCACAUGCCACUAAUACUCAUCGAGACAAUUCUAACAACCCCAAACACAGUUGUGUUGUUUAUCACAGAGUUCCCAUAGCCACCUCCUGACUCCGUUCGGGCAUUCCCAGGGCUCUCUCCUGUAUUUAUUUAUAAUAUUGCAUCUAAUAUAACUCGAUCAGGUAUGAGCGGUGGGGGGAAAUGACCGAACGGUAUAGUCUCGUGUAUCUUUCAGUAGCAGUAGCAGGGGAAGAGCUAUUAUUGCUUGUCCUUGUCAUAGUCUAUUUUUUUUAUUCCCCACCGUAAAUUUUGGUAUGGUUUAUGGUGGGCAACAAAUAACCCGACCAAAUUACGUAGGUUGUUUUUGCUAUGUUGUCAGGAAUGUUAAAACGUGUCUUUAAUUUUGUCGCAUAGCGUAUGAUCUGUCCCUCACGGGGCACAUCUAUAAGAUCCUAAUUAUGUUUGACCUCUAACUCACAUACAUACUAACAGGGCAAGUUAAAUAUAAACUUGUGACUGACAAUUUAUUGUGUGUACAAUUAAGUCGAUUAUGACGCUGACGUUUUUGUCCAAGUUUUAAGUGUAUUAUACACUAAUGCAUUCCUCUUUCUACACAAUUAACCUAUUUAAAAUUUGUAUUUAAAAUGUAUUGUUUUAUUUCUGUUACCAAAUCCAAACUUGGAUUAUUGUGAUUGUAUUUCAUGUGAACGCGUGCAAUGGAUGUAAUGUAACUAUGUACUACCUUUGGUGUUUAGUGUAUUUUUAGAUUAAUUAUAUUUAUUUAUCACAAUCACCGAUGUACUUAAUGUUAUUAAAUGAUGAAUAUACAUAUAAAUGAGCUUG